AUGAAGAUCUUUAUUCUUCUCGCCAUCUGGCUGCUCGCUAGCUUGGGCUACGCAACUAAUUUCGUCAACAAUAUGGCCGAAGUGUACCAUGAGAUUACUGAUGUCCUUCGUGGCCCCCACCAUGCGGCUCACUUUGCCAAACUGAACGGCGGUAAGCCUAAGCCCGAUAAGCCUAAGGGUGUUGGCAAGACCCUGGAUGAUGUUGUCACCUUGACUGUCUGUAAGACAGACGUGUCACUCGCCCCCACCGUUGAAACUUUUUCGUUGCCAACCAUCGUGACCGCUACGACUUUGGCUCCAACUGUUGUCGUGACCGGUGUUGUGCCCACUGAGAUUUCUAUUGGACUGCCCACUGAGUUUGCUCCUGAAAUUCAAACUGGAGUCCUUACUGGUGAAUCUCAUUCCACUGAUACGACUGUUGUGCCGACCAAUUCUGUGGUCUCAGGACUGUCCUCCUUCCUGACUGGAAGUCAAACUGUCUCUGAGAUAACUGUCCCCACUAAAAACCACACCGUCAGCACCGAAAUCAAUGCAUCGGCUGUCACCAGCACCUCUGCCCAUACCACGUUCCCUACCGCAAAUGCUGGGAACGACCAUGAGGGCAUGGCUUCGUCCGCAGUUGCUUUGUUGGUUGCUUUGAUCUUUAGUCUCGUGCGUAUCUGA